AUGGCGGCGCUGACACUGGUGAGCCUGCUGAACGGCUCGCUGACGGCCGUGAUGAUCCCGUUCUUCCCGGCGGAGGCGGCCGACCGCGGACUCUCCCAGACCGCUAUCAGCGCCGUCUUCAGCUGCUACGCGCUGGCCAAGCUGGUGCUGAGCCCGGCGGUGGGCCGGGUGGCGCCCGCGGUCGGCGUCACGCGGCUCUACACGCUCGGCCUGGCCGCCGCCGGCACCUCAACGGUGGUGUUUGGCGCGCUGCAGCACAUCGCCGAGCCGCGCCUGUUCGCGGCCGGCUGCCUGCUGGCGCGGCUGGUCGAGGCGGCCGGCACGGCGGCCGUCUCUGGCUGCGCGCUCACCAUCAUCGCCAGUCAGUUCGGGCCGCGCACGAGCCGCGCGGUGGCGCUGCGCAGCGCCGCCUCCUCGGUGGGCCUGUCGGUGGGGCCGGCCAUCGGCAGCGGCCUGUACACGCUGGGCGGGUUCUCACUGCCCUUCUACGUCACCGGCGGAACCCUGCUGGUGAUGGCCGCUCUGAUCCACCGGCUGCUGCCUCCGCUGGAGAACUGCGAGCGCCAGUCCAUCCCCUACGUCACCAUGGUGCGCACCUUCUGCAGGAGCCCGCAGAACUGGCUCUGUAUGCUGAACGUCUUCAUGACCCCCUUCAUCGUCGUCACGUUCGACACGUCGCUGGCGCCGUACGCUGGCCGCGCGCUCGGCGUCACGCCCUCCACGCUGGGACUCUACUUCACCGUCGCCACGACUGCGUACGCGCUCACGGCCUACGUGUGGGCGCGUGUGGCCGAGAGCGCGCGCCGUCCGCACGUGUUCAUCGGUCUGGGCCUGCUGGUGGUGUCAGCCAGCCUGCUGCUGGCGCCGCCGUCGCCGCUGCUGGUCGGUCUCCAGCCGCGCUGGUGGCUGCUCGGCCUGGGCAUGGUGCUGAUGGAGGCGGCGCUCGGCGGCGGCUACAUUCCCUCGUUCCAGCUGAUGCUGACGGCGGGGCGCCGCGUCGGACUGGAGGACGGCCUGGUCACCCAGGCCUUUGUGUCGAGUGUGCUGAGCACGUCGUUCGCGCUGGGCAGUGUGGUCGGCCCGCCGCUCGGCGGGGUGGUGGUGGACUGGAGCGGGUUCACCCGGUGA